CUCGGCGCCGGAUCAGGCGCCGGCGGGGAUUCUCCGGCGGCGGGGAUCGAGAAUGCUGGCGGCGGAGCGGUGGAGGAAAGUGGGAAUGGAGGGUUGAAGAACCCGAACCGGCCGAGGCACCGCCAUAGCAACUCGGUGGAUAGCUCAAGCUUGCUGCUUGGGGAAGGAGGGAUGAUUGAAGCUAAGAAAGCCAUGGCUCCCGAGAAGCUGGCUGAGCUAUGGACAAUUGAUCCCAAAAGAGCCAAAAGAAUUCUGGCUAAUCGGCAAUCGGCUGCUAGAUCAAAGGAGCGGAAGGCGCGUUAUAUAUCUGAACUGGAGAGGAAAGUUCACACCCUUCAAACUGAAGCAACCACUCUUUCUGCUACACUCACUCUAUUCCAGAGGGAUACCACAUGCCUGAGUAACGAGAACGCUGAGCUUAAGCUCCGUUUGCAAGCGAUGGAACAACAGGCUCACCUACGUGAAGCAAUAAACAAAGCAUUGAAGAAUGAAGUUGAAAGACUGAGAGUAGCAACUGGGGAAACAAAAAACCCUUCUGAGGUCUACAAUAUGGGAAUGCAACGAAUUCCUUAUGAUAGUCAACAAAUCUUGUUUUCACAAUCAGGCCCGACAAACGAUUCUCAGAGUAUGCAGGUUCCACAAUAUCAUCAUCCCCUCCAAUGGCAGAAGGAUCCUCCUAUUGGUCACUUCCAAGGUCUAGAUAUCAAUGGCAGGGGCUCCCAUGUCAUUAAGACCGAAACCCCAUCAAUAUCUGCCAGUGAAAGCAACAACAGUACAACGACAUUCUAAUCCCUAUAUACUUGUUUAUUUAUUGCAUUGUUCAUAGACCUGACCCCCACCAUGUUUAACGUGGCAUAGAAAACCAUCUCACCAUUCUUCAAGAGUGAGGAUGACCGUCCGCUGCAAAUAUUUGUGGUUAACAAAUGGAUACUGCAGUGGACAGUAUCCUUGACUGUUCUUCAAUUCGUUCAAUCUUUCUUUCUUUUACCUUCUCGCCCAUGUCCAUGGGCGCUCACUUGUUCUCUUUUUGUUCUUUUGGUUCUUGUUUUUUUGGGGCUCAACUUGGGGAAGCAUUUCUUCUUUGUUGUUGUAAUAUUCAUGUAUUAAUAACAUUUCAACUCAUUGUUGAACUGCUGUUUCAAGUCACUGGAGGCGUGAGACUUGUGUUGAUUGGUUCUACACUUGUACUCAUGCUUUUAUAGGUAUUAGUGGACUAAGCGAAAAACGAAGGGAUAAGUACUACAUUCUCUCUUCAGGACUUUUAUAUACAAUUUGUCACUGUACUAAGAUGUCGGUUCUAUUUUAAAAGGACCAAUUGAGAAUAAUAAAGUAUGGAGUAUGUGGUAUUUUUCAUAUCACAUUUAGAUUUAAGUAUCC